AUGGGUGCUCAGUUUUCGCAGUUUUUCCCGCCCAAACCGACCUGGACGGAAGCUGAAGUGAGUUCGCAGGAUGGAAAGGUGUUUAUCGUGACAGGAGGCGCGUCUGGCAUCGGCUUUGAGCUAGUGAAAAUGCUCUAUGAGAAAGGUGGAAAAGUCUACAUCGCUGGACGGUCCGAGGAGAAGGCACAAAAGGCCAUCAAGGAGAUACAGGCUGCUGUGCCGAAGGGUGGAAGCCUAGAGUUUCUUCACCUUGUGCUUGAUGACCUGAGCACUAUCAAGGCAUCCGCGGACGAGUUCAAGGAGAAAGAAUCCAGGCUCGAUGUUCUUUGGAACAACGCAGGCGUCUCUCAGCCACCACUUGGAAGCCUAUCUAAACAAGGGAUUGAACUACAGCUUGCAACAAACUGCCUCGGACCUUUCCUCUUCACACAAUUACUUCUCCCUCUGUUAGAAGCCACAGCAGCAACGUCUAGCCCGGGUUCAGUACGUGUUGUCUGGACAGGUAGCCAAAUUGUUGAGUUGUCUGCCCCUCAGGGCGGAAUCAUCAUGUCUGAACUCACAACACCCCCAAAGGAUCAAACUCGCACCUACGUCACGUCCAAGGCCGGAAACAUGUUCAUAGCAUCAGAACUUGCACGACGAGUUGGUCCUUCUCACAACAUCAUAAGUGUCUCGCUUAACCCUGGGGCUGCGAAUACAAAUCUCCUCAGGCACACUCCUUGGAUGAAAUUCCUAGCCAUGCCGUUACUAUACAAGCCAAAGUUAGCUGCCAUCACUGAGUUAUUUGCCGGGCUGUCUUCAGAAGUAAGCCUCGAGGAGAACGGAUGCUAUAUCAUACCCUGGGGUAGAGUGUCUCAAACACCAAGACAGGAUCUAGUUGAUGCGUCAAAGUUGACGGAGGAUGGAGGAACCGGGAGGUCAAAGGAGUUUUGGGAGUUUUGUGAGAACAAGACUAGGGACUAUAUGUAA